GUUAAAGAGUCUGACUGUCGUGGGAGCUGGCUGGGCCCCCUGGGAGCCCCCUGGAGUGGAUAUUUGGGGCUUCCUUUUUGUACACACCUUUAGUUUGUUUUCUGUGCUAUGGGAGAUGUCAAAGAAUUAAAAAUGCAAAUAACACCCGAAACUCCAGGAAGGAUCCCUGUUUUAAAUCCUUUUGAAAGUCCUGGUGAUUACUCUAAUCUCCAUGAACAAACUCUUGCCAGUCCUUCUGUUUUUAAAUCCACAAAAUUACCAACUCCAGGGAAAUUUAGGUGGUCUAUUGAUCAACUAGCUGUAAUAAAUCCUGUAGAAAUAGAUGCAGAAGAGAUUGAUCGCCAAGCUUCAUACUUAAGUCAUUCUCGAAUAGAUAAAGAUGUGGAAGACAAAAGACAAAAAGCCAUUGAAGAGUUUUUCACUAAAGAUGUCAUCGUACCCUCUCCUUGGACUGAUCAUGAAGGGAAACAGCUUUCAGAGUAUCAUUCCAAUAAAUGCAUUAACAUAAAUAGUGACUCUCCAGUUGGAAGAAAGCUGAGUAUUCAUUCUGAGAAAAGCAAUGCUGCUUGUCAGACAUUGCUGUCUCUUCCUGCGGAUUUUAAUUUAGAAAAUAUAUUAGGUGACUAUUUUAGAGCUGAUGAAUUUGCAGAUCAGUCUCCUGGAAACCUCAGUUCUUCGUCUCUCAGAAGAAAGCUUUUUUUAGAUGGGAAUGGAAGUAUCUCUGACUCCUUACCUUCAGCUUCUCCCGGAAGUCCUCAUAGCAGCUCUCAAGCCUCACUUGAGGUGCUUUAUUCAAUAGAUUUAUCUCCUGUACAGCAUAAGACUCCUAUGCAGACACCAGGUUCGGGGCAGUUUUCUUCUAGUCCUAUUCAGGCUAAUGCAAAAAGAUACAGUUUGGGAAGCAUAACUAGCCCUUCACCUAUUUCUUCACCCACAUUCUCACCAAUUGGACUUCAGAUAGGAAAGACACCACUCUCAGAACAAAGGAAGUUUACUUUUCAUUCUCCUGAUGCUUCAUCUGGAACAAAUUCUAAUGGAAUUACUAAUUCAUGUAUUGGAAGUCCUUAUAUAGAUGGCUGCUCACCAAUUAAAAAUUGGUCUCCUAUGAGACUCGAGAUGUAUAGAGGCAGUUCUCAGUAUCGAACCUCACUGAUGAGGAUACCUUUUACUCUUGAGACUCACAGUGAAGAUGAAGAAGAUAAAGAGAAUGCUUCUUCCACAGAAGUCUCAUCUCCUGUCAUGGAUGCUGCAGGAAAACACCUUCAGCAACUGAAUAGUGACACUUCUACACCUGGCACACAUUUAGUUGUGACUGCCGUGUCUAUUACACAAAAUCAGUCCAGUGUUUCUGAGAAGGAACUAGCCCUGUUGCAGGACAUUGAAAGUGAGAAGGAGAAUGAUACCGUGGAUAUGGUUGAUCCUAUAGAGACAGUGGAUGAGAACACUUGGAUAAAGGAGCCAGUUGAUAAUGGGAGUUUGCCCACGACUGAUUUUGUGAGUGGAAUUGCCUUCAGUAUUGAAAGCUCUCAAAUGUGCAUGUCACCUCUUGCAGAAAGCAGUGUUCUCCCUUGUGAAAACAGUAACAUUCAGAUGGAUAGUGGUUAUAAUACGCAGACCUGUGGAAGCAACAUUAUGGAUACCAUUGGGACAGAAAGUUACUGCAAAGAAAGUGAUGCUCAAAGCUUUGAAGUUGAGAAUAAUCUCAAAGUUUUUAAUACAAAGGAAGACCACACAUUACAGAGGUAUUAGAUGAAAACAGCAACUCCAUCUCAGUACAGCACUACAUAAAACACCUGUCAGAACCAGAGAUUAUUGCUGAAUGGUUCCUUGUGUAUUUUUAUGCACGGGAUCAAUAAGUUGAUAGUGAUUGGGAGAAAACCUCAAGAAACAUUGCUUUUUUCCUUUCCUCCAUAAUGUGAAAAAUCAAGGGCUUAAUUUAGUGACACAGGAACAACAGAAAAGCUCCUAGAACUUCAAGUUGCUGAAUUACAGUUUAUUUUUGGUCAAUAAAUAUUUUUGUACUUA